AAAACGCCUUCGCAGCAGCAGCGCCAGUUCGAAAAACCUUCGUGGAACCGUUCCGCCGCGACUUUUUUUUUCUCUCUCUCUCUCGGUGAGGGAGUGUGUUGUGCGCGCAGGAGGAACGGCGGCGGCGGGGGAGUUGCCAUCGCACACAGCCAGGCCUCUUUGCUUCAGACCGCGAGAAAAAGACCCGCCGAAGCAGCAGCAAAGUUGUGUGUGCGAGCUUCUGUGGCAUCGUUUGACGGACAUUUUUGCAUUGAGAGGGCGGAUUUUGGGGCGGAUUUGCUCCGGUCAGGGUGGACCGAUUGGAAGUUGUGCGGUGCCCGGUGAAAGCGGUGAAUUUUGCGAAUUUUGUGCGCUUGGAAGGGUGAAAAUCGGUCGCGGGACGGCGCCGGAAAAGUGCCACGAAAAAAACGGUCCAACGCGGAGUGCGCGAGUUUGCGGAUCGCCAUUUUGAACAUCACUUUUCGGUUUCCGAGUGCGGUUCUUGGUCGGCGGGUUUGGCCGGCAUUUGGGGGGAAAUUCCUGCGGUUGAACGGUCCCCUCGGCGGACAGUGUUCCGGUCAAGUGUUUGGCCCCGUUUAGAGUUGCCUUGCCUCGGGGAAGUGAUUCCGGUCCGGGUCUAAAUUUUCCCCGGUCCUGACGGCGCGCGGGUGGCCACUUCGAGAAAGAAGAAAAAUCUCGCGCGACAACGAGUGUGUCCGCCGUCUCUCGGAGGGAAGGACCAAGAAUGGCCCACCACCAGAACAAACCGGUCAGCAUCGUGAUACAGGAUCCGAAUGGUCAGCAGCAAAUUCUACAGGUAAUGCAAACGGCGUCGACCACCGGCCGGCCGUUGACUUCGGCCAGCGUCAAAACGAUCGUGAAGGAAGUGACCGGCCAGGAAACGAGUGCAAUUAUAGCAGGACAGAAUUUUGCCACCCCUGUGAUGCAGAAGCUCGCGCCCGGACAGAAAAUUAUCACAAUGAAUAAUCCCAAGCUGCAGAUACUGAACUCGCCCGCAGCCAAGAGUGCCAGCGGGAAACCCCUGGUCCGAAUCUCGCCCUCACAGUUGAGUCAGUUCAAGCUGGUGUCCAACACCGGUGGCCACUUCACGGGCUCCACGAUUUCCGGCCGAAAUCUAACCGCCAUGCUGGCACCGUCCACAUCGGUGUCCCCGUCAACGUCCACGUCGAGCCUUCAAAUGGCCGGCAUGGCGACAUCAUCACCGGCCUCGACGUCCUCUUCAACGUCCUCGCCGGCGACCUUCGUCAGCAACAGCACAAACAUGAUGACCUCCGCCCCCAGUCCGACGAUUGUCAUGCCCCAACUCCCGCCACCUGCCUCUCCCGCCGCAGCCCACCACGUAAAAGGAUCUCAUCAUCAUCAGCAGCAGCAGCAACACCAGCAGCACCACAGUAGUAAUCAUCAGCACCAGCCACAGUACAAUUACGGCAAAAAGGCCGCGGCCAGUGGCCAAAUUCACACGCCCGCCUCCCGCCGAAGGAAAACGGACAAAAUCGGCCGUGGGCUGAGGCACUUUUCGAUGAAGGUGUGCGAAAAGGUGAAGGAAAAGGGCACCACCACGUACAACGAAGUCGCGGACGAGCUAGUCGCGGAGGAAACUCAGAGCCACGCCGGCGCCGAUCCGGCCUCGUACGACCAGAAGAACAUCCGCCGGCGGGUGUACGACGCGCUCAACGUCCUGAUGGCGAUGAACAUCAUCUCGAAGGAGAAGAAGGAAAUCCGCUGGCACGGACUGCCCACGAGCAGCGUCGAGGAGUGCGACGACCUGGAGAAGGAGAACGAACGGGCCCGCGAACGGAUCGAAACGAAGCAGCAGCAGCUGCGCGAACUCAUCCUGCAGCACGUGGCGUUCAAGUCGCUGGUCGCGCGCAACCAGGAAAACGAGGACCGGGGCCUGGUGCCCAACUCCAACUCCGCCAUCCAGUUGCCAUUCAUCAUCGUCAACACGGAGAAGAAAACUCACAUCAACUGCAGCAUCUCGAACGACAAGUCGGAAUUCUCGUUCAAGUUCGACAACACGUUCGAAAUCCACGACGAUCUGGAAGUGCUCAAGCGGAUGGGACUGCUGCUUGGUUUGGACAAGGGAGAGUGCACCAUCGAAGAUAGAAACAAGAUCAAAUCGAUGGUGCCCAAAUCGCUGGAAAAGUACAUUGAUGCGUACGGUCUCGGCGUGGAGAACGAAUCCGAGGACUGGGAGAUGGCGUCGUCGUUCAACGGGGGCCAGGACUACGACGACAGCGUGCAGGACAGCACGGACCUGGUGUCCAGCUACCAGGACAACAUUAGCGAGCUCAACGACGACGACCUGAUCUCCGAGGACGGCCAGGACGGUUAGAGCGGCAUGUCGCAAUCUGCAAUCUGCGUGUGGUGGUGCGUGAAAGGAUUUCGUUCGUACUUCUUUUAUUGGCCUUAGGUUGACGUCGUUGUGGGAUGGGAGAGAUGCACGCGCACGCACGCACGAAAAGUUGCUGGAAGUCGGAAGUAAGGUAGGUUUAAGCAACACAAAUUGAGAACUCUACGGCCGCAACGAGCUGUAGGGGUUGAAUUUUCAGUUUCAAUUACAAAACAAGAAGAAGGAAACCACAAAUGUUACUCUUAAGCAAAGAUCAUUAAAUGUUGCACGUCAAGUGCAACUCAAUACACUGAAAAAAAAAGAAAUGAAAAACACACAAAAACAAAUCCGUUAUGAAUAUCGUUAUAAGAGGAAUGCGAAACGUAGUAAAUGUGCAAAGUGCAAAACAAAAGGAAACAAUUUUCUCUAAUUGGUUCAUCUUGAACCGGCGCUUAACCGUGUCGAUUGGCCUGAAAGGAUCCGUAGCUGAUAACGAAAAUGCACCCAAAAGUACAGAAGUUACUUUUUACAACCGAAAAGCCGAAAACAGAGAAAAGUCCAUCAACAAGAAGUUACUCACACAAAACAAAACAAAACCAUUUUUAUAUCAAACUUAACAAACAACACACUAAAUGUUAGAAAAGAAAAGAAAAAAUAACUGCAUCGAACACAUCCCAAUUUUUUAAGAGCAAACAUCUCAGGCUUAAGUUUCUGUCAACAAUCAAUCAAAAGUAGAGAGUUUUUUCGCAUUUGUCGCGCCCAUUAACCAUAUUUCAACACACACACAACCUAAUACAAAACCCCAACAAUAGCCGUAGGAAGAAAACAAAACAAGAAAAAUAACUAUUAAAAAUACCA